CCAAUGCAUUUGUGAACCACAAAACGGAGCCUUGUUUAUCUAUAGAGAAGGAGGGAGAGGAUCAGCCGCACAACAUCAAAGAUGUUUAAACUGAACCUUGCAGAGGAAGCAACAAAACUUGCAGGAAACAAAGCCCAGGAAACAGUUAACUCAGCAGGUCAGACUAUACAGCAAGCAGUAGAUCAGGCGGCAGAAGCCGGCCAGAAAGCUCUGGGUGAUGCCUGCAAAUGUGCUCAAGAUGCUGGCGAAAAGGCAGUGCAAAACGUAACAAACCAGGUGACCACCUGGGGGAAGAGCUUUGGACAGAGCGAAGAGAAGGAUGUUCCAACCUAAGCACCCCGGUGACCCCGUGGCUCAAUUGAGCUCCUUUACAAGAUACAACAACGUGUAGGAUCCUUUCACCAGAAAUCCUUUUCAAAAUACUGUUUGACAAUUAAAUGCAUUGUAUAUAUUCAAUAAAUUAAGCUAAAAUCCUC